UUUCAAAACGAUGGUAAUAAUUGCCAUUUGUUUAUUUGACAUAACCUAACCCAACAUAGUAACAUGUAAAUACAAUGAAACUCUGAAAAAAUAAACAAAGAAAAAUUCAAUUCAAUAAAAACAAUAUUCUAAAUGAUUACACGUCAUUGAAAUUGUACACAGUUGACGACGAACGCUCUUUUUGCGGUUAUAAUAAGGCAAUUUCGAGACCAAAAUUUUUCAAACGUCGGAAAAUCUUCAAAUAUAUGCAGUUCUAUAUUUUUUUAAAAUAAAAAUUUCGAUGAAAACGGCCACAUGCCCCCACACGAAUGUUUACAUAUUUUGUCUUUAUUCAUUAGAACAUAAAAAUCCUUGCUCAACAGCUAUUAUUACGAAUACACACGGUCGCCGUUGGUAACGCAGAAAAUAUUUCGACGAAACUUGUUAUAUUGCUUGCCGGGCCGUUCACGAGAUGGGCAAUAUUGAGGUAAGGCCGACAUCACCGUCAUUGUCGGACAACGACAGCAACGCAGACAACGAUUCGAUCGCGUCGUCCUCUGAAGUCGUACCGCUGUCUGCGCGCGUGAACGACGACUGUGACGACGAUGGCGGUGAUGACGACGACAACGACGACGACGACGACGUCGUUCAACCAGAAGGCGAAAAUCGGACGAAUGUUUCAAACCGGACAAAUCGACAGCAGCGGACGACUUCGGGCCGGCGAAAAGACGUCGUGAGGCGGAACAGACCGACUGUGGCCGCGAACGAAGACGGCCACGGCGACACCGAACAGCCGACGUGGUCGGUCGUGGUGGACGACCACGCCGGAGGGUCAUCGCAGGCGGCUGCCGGACGUCGGGCACGGACAAGUCGACCACCGCAGGUCCGAGAACGGUCGCGGUCACCGUGUACCCGGUUGUCGUGUUCGCGGACACACCACCGCAACCAAAGCAGAGUCAGCCGUCGCAGUCGCCGUUGGUCGGCAGACCCAGCCGAGCCCGUCGUCAUGAUUGCGGCCGAAGAACGGGUCGCGGUGGCCAAACCCCAGCCCCGCCCUCGUAGGUCCAAAAGAACAACGGCCGGCCAGUGGAGAAGGAGGAGUUGAUAUAACGGAGACCGUUAUGAAUGAUUUUUUUAAACUACUUAAAAAAAGCUAUUCUUGCCGAUUGUGCACUCGCGAUGGGUCUAUAGUAUAUACGGCUGGGUAGAACAAGUCUGAACAACACCGAAUUUAAGUAAAAUAUUUGAAUAUUUUUUAUAGUCACGGACUAAAUAUUAAAUAUAUACGAGUAUAUAAAUUAUAA